UUUUUUUUUUCUUUUUCUUUUAAAGAAUUGUUUUACCAUUUCGUUAUUUAUUUUCUCCUACUUCGUUGCUGUUAUUUUUGUAAUCGUUGUUUGUAAACUAAUUGCCUCCAUGGGGGGCGGAGGAAAGGAAAUCAAAGCUGCCGCAGCUGAAGGGUGUGCGAGCGCGCUGGGGAAGAGCCGAGGAGCCGCAGGACACGAUGGCAACGGGAAGCCCGGCGGCAGCGGGAAGCCCGGCCUCGGGAAGCCCGGCUGCGGCGGGGACCGCUGCCCGCGGCGGGCCGGGCCGGUCGGCUCCGCGCUGGCCGCGCUCCUCUCGGCGCUGGCCGCGGCUUCCUGCGUCUACCUGGGCGUGCGGACCAGCGACCUCCAGGCCAGGGUCGCGGCCAUCGAAGGCGCCCGAGGGGGCUUCUCUGCCGCCGCCCCGCUCCCGCCGCUGCCCGGCUUUUCCUUGGAGCAGCUGAACGCGAUGAUGCAGGAGAAAGUGGAGCGACUUCUCGCCCAGAAAUCCUACGAGCACUUGGCAAAAAUACGAGUAGCGAGAGAAGCGGCUCCAGAGUGCAACUGCCCACCAGGUCCUCCUGGGAAAAGAGGUAAGCGGGGAAGAAGAGGAGAGACUGGACCUCCUGGUCAGCCUGGUCCUCAAGGCCCUCCUGGUCCAAAAGGCGAGAAGGGAGAUCAAGGUGAUCAGGGCCCUCGGGGUCUGCCAGGCUUCCCCACAGUUGCUGCUCUGCACAGUAAUCAGAUCCUCACCGUUAAGGGGGACCAAGGACAAGCUGGACCCCCUGGACCUCCAGGGCCACCAGGACCCAGAGGUCCCCCAGGAGAUACCGGCAAAGAUGGUCCUCGUGGGAUGCCUGGCUUAACGGGUGAGCCAGGAAAACCAGGAGAACAAGGAUUGACAGGACCUCAGGGGCCUCCAGGACAAAAGGGUUCUGUUGGAGUGCCUGGUGUUCCAGGGAAAGAUGGACAAGUGGGUGAACCUGGUUUGCCUGGCAUAGCAGGAGAGAAGGGAGAAGCAGGGCUCAAGGGUGACCCUGGAGAAAGAGGAGAAAAGGGGGAUGCUGGUGAGAAUGGACUGAAGGGUGACACAGGAGAAAAGGGUGACCCUGGCUCUUCUGCAGCUGGAAUUAAGGGUGAACCUGGUGAAUCUGGGCGGCCUGGACAAAAGGGUGAACCAGGCCUUCCUGGGCUUCCUGGACUCCCUGGAAUAAAGGGUGAACCAGGUUUCAUUGGUCCACAAGGAGAACCUGGGUUGCCUGGGCUACCAGGAACAAAGGGUGACAGAGGAGAGGCAGGCCCUGUUGGGAAGGGUGAGCGAGGUGAACCUGGAAUCCCUGGACCAAAGGGGAAAACAGGUGAACCUGGAUCUAGAGGCCCCAAAGGGUCAAAGGGUGAUACGGGUGAGAGAGGUGACACAGGAUCUGCAGGUCCACGGGGACCACCUGGACAGAAAGGUGAUCAAGGUGCAACAGAGAUAAUUGAUUAUAAUGGCAACAUCCAUGAAGCUCUGCAGAGGAUUGCCACCCUGACUGUCACGGGACCACCAGGACCACCAGGACCCCAAGGGUUGCAAGGCCCAAAGGGUGAUCCUGGAUCCCCAGGAGCUCCAGGAGUUGAUGGAGAGCAGGGUCCUAAAGGCUCAAAAGGAGACACAGGUGAUCCUGGAAUACCUGGAGAAAAGGGAGGAAUCGGACUGCCUGGCCUACCAGGAGCCAAUGGCAUGAAAGGCGAAAAAGGAGACGUUGGUUUGCCUGGUGCCCAAGGUCCUUCAAUGAUAGGACCACCUGGACCACCAGGGCCACAUGGUCCUCCAGGCCCCAUGGGACCUCAUGGACUGCCUGGCCCAAAGGGUGAACCAGGGUUAAAUGGUCUUAAAGGAUUGAAAGGUGAACCAGGUCAAAAGGGUGACAGAGGGCCCCUUGGUCUUCCAGGAGCAUCUGGCUUAGACGGGAAGCCAGGAGCCCGGGGCAUAGAUGGCCCAGUUGGUCCCCAUGGCCCUGCAGGUCCCAAAGGAGAGAGAGGUGAGAAGGGAACUGUAGGUGACCCUGGACCCCGAGGACCAUACGGCUUGCCUGGUUUCCCUGGUCCUCGAGGAGAAAAGGGUGAUAUAGGAGAAAAGGGAGAAAAGGGAUUCCGUGGAAUUAAGGGGGAAAAAGGGGAGCCAGGCCAGCCUGGCCUGGAUGGGCUGGAUGCCCCUUGCCAAUUGGGUCCUGAUGGAUUACCAAUGCCUGGCUGUUGGCAAAAGGGAGUCACACCAUGGCUCAUUGCUAAAAAGAGAUAA